AUGCUCCAGUGUAGACAGACCAGGCUGCUCCUGCUCAAUGACAUGGAGAGACUGGAGAAGACUCUGUUUCGCCUGGAGCAAGGCUUUGAGCUCCAGUUCCGACUGGGUCCAACUUUGCAGGGGAAGAAUGUGCACGUUCACACCAAUUACCCACCACCAAGGCAAAAAUUCAACAGGUCUGAGUUCCGUGUCCUCGAGUGGAUCAACCCCAGUGGGAAGGAGGAUGACUCAGACAAGUAUUGCAAACUGGACCUGGAGAUCGCUGGCACCUACCAGUAUUACUUCGGAUGUGGGGACGAAGAGAGAAAUGGUGGUGGCUAUUUUGUGGUGGACCCUGUACUACAAGUGGGUCAUGAAAGGAAGGUACUCCCUUUGGACAGCAUCACCUCUCAGACUUACCUGGCUAAGUGCCUUGGGCCACUGGACGAAUGGUUAGACCGGCUCAGAGUAGCUAAAGAAACAGGUUACAAUAUGAUCCACUUGACGCCACUGCAGACAUUGGGUGAGUCACGUUCCUGCUACUCAAUUGCUGACCAGCUGGAGCUGAACCCAGGUUUCUCCUCUCCGGGAAAGAAUUACACAUGGAGCGAUGUGGGGAACCUGACUGAGAAGAUCAGGAAAGAGUGGAACAUGGUUUGCAUCACAGACGUCGUAUACAACCAUACAGCAGUUAACAGUAAAUGGCUCAGUCUCCAUCCUGAGUGUGGCUACAACCUGGCGAAUUCUCCACACUUAAAGCCAGCCUGGAUACUGGAUCGAGCUCUCUGGCACUUCAGCUGUGACAUUGCAAAUGGCAAAUACAGUGACCGUGGCCUACCGGCUCUGGUUGAGGAUGAAAAGCAGCUCUGUACACUCCGUGAGCUCCUGUGGCAGGAGGUUUUUCCUCAGCUGAAGCUCUGGGAGUUUCUCCAGGUGAAUGUUGAAAGAGCCGUGGAGCAGUUUAAUAAACUUCUGCAGGCCAAUGGCAAACCAGUUGGGACAGAAAUGGAGAAGGAACAGAAGCUUAAAAUCAUACAGGAUCCACAGUUCAAACGCUUUGGCAACACAGUGGACAUGAAGCUGGCGCUGGACAUGUUUGGCAGGCACACGAACAGCCCAUCAGUGACUCAGGUAUGCUGUGAUAUGUUCAAGAAGAGUUUGGAGAAGUUGAACUUGGAGUGCUAUAAGGAAAUGCACAACCAUCAUGAGAAGGCUGUAAACUGCAUAGUGGAGACUAUGAGAUAUGAGCGUCUUGCAGCAAAUGGUCCCAAACUUGGCUCGGUGUCCAAAAAACAUCCUUUGGUUCAGAGAUAUUUCACCUUCCCCUUUGAGGACAUGUCAAUGGAGAAGGAGGAACUGCUGCUUCAGAAUGCAGAUGAGGCUUGUCAUCUCCAAGCUCACAAUGGAUGGGUGAUGUCAGAUGACCCUCUCAGGAACUUUGCAGAACCAGGCUGUAAUGUCUACUUGAGGAGAGAACUAGUUUGCUGGGGUGACAGCGUGAAGCUCCGCUAUGGCAACAAACCUGACGACUGUCCUUAUCUGUGGGACCACAUGAAGAAGUACACAGAGAUAACGGCCGAACACUUCUGUGGUGUACGGCUGGACAAUUGUCAUUCCACACCUCUACAUGUGGCUGAGGCAAUGCUAGCUGCUGCCAGGGCAGUCCGACCCAACCUGUACGUGAUAGCUGAGCUCUUUACAGGCAGUGACCAACUCGACAAUACUUUUGUUAACCAUCUGGGGAUUACAAGUCUCAUCAGAGAGGCAAUGAGUGCUGGGGACAGUCACGAGGAAGGCAGGCUGGUGUAUCGCUUUGGCGGAGAACCUGUUGGAUCCUUCUUCCAACCUAAUCUUAGGCCUUUGGUUCCGGGCAUAGCACAUGCUAUGUUCCUUGACGUUAGUCAUGACAAUGAGUGCCCUGUCCAGGUUCGGUCUGUGUACGACUGCCUCCCUAGCUCUGCAAUUGUGUCUAUGGCAUGUUGUGCCACAGGAAGUACCAGAGGAUAUGACGAACUUGUUCCUCAUCAGAUUUCAGUAAUAACAGAGGAGCGUCUGUACUCCAGAUGGAACCCUGAUGCCUCGCCUUCAUCUCCCGGGGACGUGAACCUCCAGUCUGGCAUCCUGGCAGGAAAACUGGCACUCAACAAGCUUCACCAUCAGUUGUCAGAGAAGGGAUUCACACAGGUCUUUGUAGACCAGCUGGAUGAAGACAUUGUGGCUGUAACCAGACACUGUCCAAGCACACACCAGUCUGUGGUGACUGUGUCUCGAACAGCAUUCAAAAACCCCAAAACACACCACUAUAAUGAAAGAGUGUCUCCCAUGUUCAUACCAGGCCAGAUAGAUGGGGUGAUCCUGGAGGCACGUACAGUGGAGAGAAUCUCUGGCCCCUAUGUGAAAAAUGAGAAGUGCAUAAACGGCAUGCCUGAGUACACGGUGGAGCUCAAGGAAAAACUCCAGCUUAAAGACAGCCAAGUUGUGAAACAAGGAGAUGCCGCAACAAAUGGAGGCAAUGAGUUUGUCCAGGAGAUCAUUUUUGAUCAUCUUACUCCAGGCAGCGUGAUUGCUUUCAGGGUGAGUCUGGACCCAAAAUCUCGGGACUUGGUUGGCUUCCUCCGUACUCAGCUCUGUCAGUUUAAUCGCAUGUACAAAUUGGGCAGUCUGCUUGACCCUGAGGUUCCUGGCAUCCUGAAAGUAUCCCUGAAAUUCCUCAUAUCCAAAUUGUCCUUGGCUGAACUGAAUGUCUUGCUAUUCCGCUGCAAUGAUGAGGAGCGUGAAGACGGUGGCGGAUGCUACCAUAUUCCAUCCUGGAUGUCCCUAAAGUAUGCAGGCCUUCAAGGGUUCAUGUCAGUGCUUUCUGACAUUCGGCCCAAGAAUGACCUCGGCCACCCAUUUUGCAACAACCUGAGGCAAGGCGACUGGAUGCUUCACUACAUUAGCUCUCGUCUCAUGAAUAAAGGAGGAGCUCUAAGGGAGGUUGGGAAUUGGUUCCAUGCCAUGUUUGCAUACCUAAAAAGAAUCCCACGCUACCUAAUUCCAUGUUACUUUGAUGCCAUCAUUGCUGGGGCAUACACCACAGCUGUGGAUGUUGUCUUCAACAAGAUGUCAAGCUUUGUGAGGGCUGGUUCGACCCUGGUGAAGCAGUUGGCACUAGGCUCAGUGCAAAUGUGUGGUGUGGGCCCUGUAUCUGCUCUCCCUGCUCUUUCCCCUACCCUGGGGGAUGUCCCGCUUCGCCUCAACAUCAUCACCGAGCAGAACAAGCAGUGUUGUGUAUCACUGGCUGCAGGCUUGCCUCAUUUUUCAUCUGGAAUUUUUCGCUGCUGGGGCAGAGACACAUUCGUAGCCCUGCGUGGCCUCAUGUUGGUCACUGGAAGACACAUAGAGGCAAGGAAUAUCAUCCUGGCCUUUGCUGGUACUCUGAGACAUGGCUUGAUUCCCAACUUGCUUGGUGAGGGCACAAAGGCUCGCUACAACUGCCGGGACGCCGUGUGGUGGUGGCUUCAGUGCAUCCAGGACUACUGUAAUAUAGUCCCCAAUGGUGUGGACAUUUUAUCAUGCCGUGUGUCACGCAUGUACCCAACUGAUGAUUCUGAACCCCAGCCUGCAGGCACUGUGGACCAGCCUCUGUACAAUGUCAUUCAGGAGGCUAUGCAGCACCAUGCUCAAGGCAUCUCAUUCAGAGAGCGGAACGCCGGGCCACAGAUUGAUUGCAACAUGAGAGAUGAAGGAUUUAAUGUUGAUGCAAAAGUGGACUCAGAAACAGGCUUUGUUUAUGGGGGAAAUCGAUUCAACUGUGGGACGUGGAUGGACAAAAUGGGUGAAAGUGACAAAGCAGGGAAUCGUGGGAUACCAGCAACACCCAGAGAUGGCUCUGCAGUGGAGAUUGUGGGCCUUUGUAAGUCCACUGUGCGCUGGCUGACCCAAUUGAAUCAAAGUGGUCACUUCCCUUACUCUUCUGUCAGUAUCCAGAGAGAUGGUGAAACUCACACUAUGUCAUACGAAGAAUGGAACCACAAGAUCCAAGAUAACUUUGAGAAGAUGUUCUAUGUGUCGCCUGAUCCAGAGGAAAAACAGGAAAAUCAUCCAGAGCUAGUGCAUAAAAGAGGCAUUUACAAAGACACCUAUGGGGCCUCCUUUCCAUGGUGCGACUAUCAGCUUCGGCCCAAUUUCACAAUUGCCAUGGUGGUGGCUCCUGAGCUGUUUACACUGGAUAGAGCAUGGACAGCUUUAGAGAUUGCUGAGAAGAAACUGCUUGGGCCACUGGGAAUGAAGACUUUAGAUCCAGAUGACAUGGUUUACUGCGGCAUCUACGACAAUGCCCUGGACAACAACAACUACAAUGUUGCCAAAGGCUUCAAUUACCAUCAAGGACCUGAGUGGAUUUGGCUGGUCAGUUUCUUCCUUAGAGCCAAACUGUACUUUGCCAAGCAGAUGGGCCAGGAAGUAUACAAUCAGACUGUGAUUCUGGUCAAAAACAUUCUCUCCAGGCAUAACGUCCACUUGGAAAGAUCUCCCUGGAAAGGUUUACCUGAGCUUACCAAUGAGAAUGGACAACACUGCCCUUUCAGUUGUGAGACACAAGCCUGGUCCAUUGGCACGAUUCUGGAAGUGCUGUAUGACCUUUGCAAUCCUGAGGACUUGUAGAUUUGUUGUUAUUCUUCUUAACAGCAGAAUUGUUGUUCUUGAACUCUUUUCCUAUUCCUUAACUUCCUCAUUUCAUGCUUAUCUGUAUACAUCUAGACAUUAAAAAAACAGUAGUUUUUUAGAUUUCAACAUAUAACUGUAGCCCAUGUCUGCUCUCCAACAUGUGUUUCAAAGAAUGGAAGUCUAUCCCAACCAAAAAACAAUCAUGAUUCCUUAAAUUUUCAUAAAUGUCCUUGCUCCAAAAACAUGCUACCAAAUAUCUUUUGAGGAACUAUGUAAAUGUAACUUUUCAUACUACAUUACCUUUAAUUAUGAUGUUCCUCUUAUAUGUCUAUUUAUUGCACCACCAUAAAGUCAUAGCUUAUGAUAACAUUGCUCAUCAUCAGUGCAAACAGAAGAGCGUCUAUAUGUAGUUUGUUUGUUUGGGUAAAACGUGAAGCCACACUCUUUCAUUCUCAAACAGUUGGACAGGAUAUUGUGACAUACUGAUUCUUCAAAUCAAUUUCCUAUAGAUACCUGAAAACUUUUCAUUCUCAUUCUUUUUAACUGUUUAUAACCAGUAUAUGGUGGUUGUAGGAGCGUUUUAAAAAUAAAUAAAUAAAUAAAUAAAUAAAUAAAUAAAUAAAAUCAAUAAAUAAAAAAAAUCAAUAAAAAAAAUUGCUAGGGUCAAAGAAAAUUAGAAGCAUAAUAUACCUCUAGAUCUAGUAUAAGAUUUUUGUGAGUAGAAAAGUUCAAGGCAGUGUUUUUAAAAUAACGUUAGGUCUACCACAACAUUGUAUUGUAUAAUGUUUGUGUAUUUAAAUGUGAAACAAAUUAUGGGAUUGGAAAUGUGGACUGAAGCGAGGUAAAGAUUUUUCAUUUUAUUGUCUGUACCGCUUAUCCGAGGGUCACGGGUAGCCUGUGCCUAUCUCAGGCAUCAUCGGGCAUCAAGGCAGGAUACACCCUCACAUACUCAUUCACACCCUACGGGCAAUUUAGAGACUCCAAUCAUCCUAGUAGCAUGUAUUUCAAGAUUCAAGAUUCAAGAAGCUUUAUUGUCAUUUCAACCACAUAUAGCUGGCGCAGUACAUAGUGAAAUGAAACAACGUUUCUCCAGGACCUGGUGCUACAUAAACAUACAACUACUAAUACAAUACAAAACAACAAACAACACCACAGAGCUAGGACAGAAGUUUGUCUUAGCCACGUAAAGUGCACAGUGUGCAGCUAGGUGCGAACAGAGCAUAGACAAGACAGUGCAAAAAAGACAAUAAAUACAAGAAAGACAACACAAAAGAACACAGGACACUUAGCGCUGAAAGGAAAUAAAAGAACGUGUACUGGAAUGUAAGUGAAAUAAAAUAGAUAAAGUGAAAUGAUGUAGAAAAAAAAAAAAAGUAUUGUGCAAAAAUAUUGUGCAAAAAUACACAGCAGCAGUUGAGGUAGUGCAAAUAGAAUAAACAUAAGUAUAACUAUAGCAGCGGAUGACAGGUAGAGGUAGUGCAGUAAGUAAUGAACAGUAUUUGGACUGUGGGAGGAAACCGGAGCAAACCCACCAAGCACAGGGAGAACAUACAAGCUCCACACACACACAGUAUGAGCGAGACUCAAACCCAGGACUCGAACCCAGGACCAGAAAGUGCUAACCACUAUGCCACCAUGCCACCAGAGGUCAAAAUGUAAAAAAAAAAUAAAAUAAAAACAAGGUGAAUUCAGAUAAACUUCUAAUACGAGUCUACUAUAAUUCUACUUGAAUUUUAAAUUAGGCAACCUAGCUUCCACGCUCAUUAUUCAGAAGCUUAUAAAAUAGUGCUUGAUCCAGCGCAUCCUAUUAUUUGUACUAGAUAUAGCUAAUGAUCUAUUUUUGGAUUUUGUUGUGACUUUAAUUUACUAUUUUAAGCCCGUGGAGCUGGAUUUAAUACCCAUCAUUACUUGAGACAAUUCAGAGCACAAAACAUACAGAAUGUAAGUGUAUGUGCAAUUUCAGUAUUAAAUUUAGUCCAUUCUACUACUUUACAUAAUUACAAGGUUUCAGAAUUAAAAGCCGUACGCUUUAAUACUGAACGCUUUGAUUAAAAGACUACACUGUAGUCUGUUUUUUACAGAAGUGCCAUUUUAGAGGCAAUACAAAUAUAAUGAUUGAUGAUCGGCUUGAAUUUCACAAAGAAUCUCACCUCUUUGGAAAACCAAACAGAGAGAAAUAUGGUCCAUAACUUUAUUUAAUUAUUUGUGGCUUGAAGAUUUUAUGACGUUUUUGCAUGGAAUUUGUCUUUUGCUGUCUGUUGAAUCAUAAUAUAAAAAAUAUUUUCUAGUUGUGUCUUAAACAGUCCUCCCUUCCAAGCCUACUAAUAUCUUAAAAUUAAAAUCUGAUGCAAGCUGCUCAUAUUAACUUAUUAUCCGGUGAAUACUAAAAAAUCAAUUUGUCAACUCUGACAAAUUUCUAUUCUGCUUUAAUCCUCAUGCCUUGGUGCUUAUUUAACUGACUCCUCGACCACUGAGUAUUCAUAAUGUUACCAUUCCAAGCUGUUCGUGCUCAUAUGGUAAAUAUUUGUUCUUAUCCUUUUGUCAAGAAUACAUUACGCCUGUCUUACAGAACACGCCACUAUUCUUAGUUAAUGAACGCUGUUCCUAUAGUCUCUGUUUGCUGAACAAAAUCCUUUGAAAUUAAUAUUUAAGCAUGUAGGUGAUAAAUAAGGGCCUGUCAGAUGCAUGUUUUCAGCCUUUAUGAGGACAAGACAGUUUUCUGUGAGAGAAGUGGCACGUACAGAGCAUCUGACCUCUGAGACAAGGUACACAAAUACGCUUGUAUAUUUACAUACAGGAUUGAUUUUCUAUGAGGUUUAAUGCAAGAUUAUGGGAUUGUUUUUGCACCCAGACUAUCAAUAAUCAGUAUAUAUUUAUAUUUCUGUGUAACAAUAAGUGACAAUAAGACAAUAAAAUACAUUUU